ACCUUUUUCAUUCCUUCACAGGGGAGCUCUAUGCUCUGCUUCUUCUUCUUCUCUUCUUCUCUAUCGUUCUCGGCUAUGCUUUUGAGUGUAAUAAAGAAAGAAAUCUUAUGAUAACGCGGGAUUCUUCAGUUUAAGGUUGGUAUAAGGUGGGGGUGAGGUGGGUGUUUCCAAGGUUUUCAGAAGAGGAAUCUUUUUUGCUGAGGUUUAUCACCAAGAAUGGCGUGGCAUUACUUUUGGUAAACUACUUUUCCUACUAUUAGAGAUCCUUCGAUUACAUCAAUUCUUGGCCAGAGUUGUAUGAGUUAUCUGUAUCGAAACCUUUUAAAUGCAAGCAUCACGUCUCAGGAGAACAGGGAUGUCCAAUACGCUGUGCUUUCAGCAAAAGGCCGAGGCCUACUGUGUGCCUCAGUUUCAAAUUUUAGACCAGCUGAGCCACAGUAGCAGUGACAACGGGGGCAGCUACUUGAUCCAGGCUUAUUCUGAUCGGGAAUUGUCCUCGAAAAAUGGCAGUCAUGCUCGUUGCAACUCAUCGUCAACCGUCACUUUCUCACCGUAUGGAAGUCCCAUGUUGCAACAAGAAUUCCAAUCGUACCCGUUGGACCUACUACACCAAUCUCCAGAAACCAAGUAUAGUUCUCCAAUCAGUGUGUCUUCCGUUACGGAUGACAUGAGUGAUUUCAGGCACAAGUUAAAGGAACUCGAGAGUGUAAUGCUUGGACCUGACUCAGAUGUCCCCGAGUGCUAUGAACUAACCUUGCCAAGCACUAUCGCCCCACCAGAAUUGGACAGCUGGAGAGAAAUGAUGGAAGGCAUACCCGUCGGGGAUUUGAAACAGGUGCUCGUUACCUGUGCCAAAGCGAUAUCCAUCAACGAUUUACCAAAAGCCGAAUGCUUGAUGUCUCAGCUAAGACAGAUGGUAUCUGUGUCUGGGGAACCAAUUCAGAGGCUCGGGGCAUAUGUGCUCGAAGGGCUCGUUGCACGGUUGGAUGCAUCGGGGAGUUCCAUCUACAAAUCCCUGAGAUGCAAGGAGCCCGAGAGUUUCGAGCUGCUUUCUUAUAUGCACAUCCUUUACGAGGUUUGCCCCUACUUCAAAUUCGGGUACAUGUCAGCUAAUGGCGCCAUUGCAGAAGCAAUGAAGGGCGAAAAUCGAGUUCACAUCAUCGAUUUCCAGAUUGGUCAAGGCAGCCAGUGGGUUACCCUAAUACAAGCUUUUGCUGCUAGGCCAGGAGGGCCACCCCAUAUUCGAAUAACCGGGAUAGAUGACUCCACUUCAGCUUAUGCACGUAGGGGAGGACUAAACCUCGUGGGAAAGAAGCUAUCCAAGCUCGCUGAGUCCUUCAAAGUGCCAUUCGAAUUCCACGCUGCAUCCAUGUCAGACUAUGAAGUUAAGGUAUCCGACUUGGGAAUUCGAACCGGUGAAGCACUGGCUGUGAAUUUCGCGUUCAUGCUGCACCACAUGCCAGACGAGAGCGUGAGCACACUUAACCACCGGGACCAGCUACUAAGGCUCGUGAAAAGCCUGAAUCCUAAGGUGGUUACCCUCGUCGAGCAAGAAUGCAAUACAAACACUGCUCCUUUCUUCCCCCGGUUCCUCGAAACCUUAGACUACUACAUCGCAAUGUUUGAGUCAAUCGAUGUCAAUCUUCCCCGGGAGCACAAAGAACGGAUAAAUGUCGAGCAGCAUUGCCUGGCAAGAGAUGUUGUCAACAUUAUAGCGUGCGAGGGAACAGAAAGGGUGGAGAGGCAUGAGCUUCUGGGGAAGUGGAAGUCGCGGUUCAGGAUGGCCGGGUUUUCUCCGUACCCAUUGAGUUCUUUGGUGAAUGCCACGAUCAAGACUCUGUUAGGAAACUAUUCUAGCAAAUACAGGCUUGAAGAAAGAGAUGGAGCCCUUUAUCUUGGUUGGAUGAAGAGAGAUUUGGUUGCUUCCUGUGCAUGGAAGUGAAAGCCACUAGGCUGCAGAAGAACAUCAUCAUACUUAGAUGUAACCUUAGUUGUCUCAGCGUUUCCUUAAUUUAUGUUUUUUUCUAAUCUUCUGCAGUGGCUGUAGUAAAUUUACUGUUCCAUUAAUCAAUCAAUGAUUAUUGGCUCAGUAACCACAAGGUUUUAAGUUUAAUUCCCAGUGAAAGGACUGACUUAUUGGUCUUCUUGGUUUGAGCUA